GGAAUCGAGGUGGAACAAAGGAACCAUCCUGAAGGCGUCGGUGGACUACAUCCGCAAACUGCAGAAGGAACAACAGCGAGCCCGAGAGAUGGAGGAGAGACAGAGGAGGCUGGAGAACACCAACCAGACCCUGUUGCUCCGCAUACAGGAGUUGGAGCUUCAGACUCGCCUCCACAGCCUCGACUCUUCGUCGUCCUCCUCCUCCUCUCUGGACCCCCAGGCGAUGCUCUCCCCCUCCCUGCCUCACCUCUUCUCCUCCCCCUCCCCCCGCUCCGCCCCCUCGCUGGCGACCCCGUCCCUGGGUCUGGACGCCCUGAGCUUCGUUGAUCUGGACGAGCCUCGGGCGGCUUCCCCCGUCUUCUCCCCGGACCUGAUGUCGGACGUGGGGCUGACGGAGCUCCGCGGCCUGGCGGACAUACUGAUGGAGGAAGGGGGAGGGGGGGCCAUGUCCGACCCCCUGCUGUCCUGUGGAGCCUCGAAGACCAGCAGCCGUAGAAGCAGCUUCAGCAUGGAAGAGGACCUUUGACGCACACGCCAGGCUUCCUAUUGGUCAGAAGCAUAACGCCCCCUUGUGACAUCAUCCAAACAAACAACACACAUAGGUGAUGUCACAGCGAACAACUGUGGCUAAAUCUUACUUCCCUUUGAAUUGCAUCCACGUUUCCCCCCUUUGAUUCCCUUCCUCGCGUCUCAGUCCGUCCCACCGAGGAGACACGGGGGGAAAUCAUGCGGGGGGGGGGGACGAGGAAAUGUGUUUUUAGAGGGAUGAGACGUCCUUUCCUCUGAAGCAUCACAUGAAUUUGUCAGCUGUUUGGGUGGAGUUAGCGACGUCUUCCAGGAAGGAUGCUCUCUGUAUCCUCUCUCAUAGCUCCUCAGAGAUCCCUCCUCCAUCCUCGCUCAUAGCUCCUCAGAGAUCCCUCCUCCAUCCUCGCUCAUAGCUCCUCAGAGAUCCCUCCUCCAUCCUCUCUCAUAGCUCCUCAGAGAUCCCUCCUCCAUCCUCGCUCAUAGCUCCUCAGAGACCCCUCCUCCAUCCUCUCUCAUAGCUCCUCAGAGACCCCUCCUUCAUCCUCACUCAUAGCUCCUCAGAGAUCCCUCCUCCAUCCUCGGAGUAGAAAUCUGGUCUGACGGCAGCAGAGUCUGAGUCUUUCCCCAGGUGUGAACUCACCUGAGACUCGCUGCAGGUAUUUUAGAGAUGAAUCCACAGUGACUGUAAAUAUGAAUCUGUACAUAAACACGUAAAUCUAUAAUCACCAGAGCCCGACCGAUAUAUCGGCCGAUAUUAGAUGUUUUCCAAACUAUCGCUUUCGGCAUUUAUAAUGGCCGAUAAAAAAAAUUUAAAAAACAGACACAUUUUUUAAAAAUUCAUUCGUUGCAUAGUCUGUCCACCAGAGGACGCUCUACAACGUCCCUGUUAGUGAUGGCGUUGCAUAGUCUGUCCACCAGAGGACGCUCUACAACGUCCCUGUUGGUGAUGGUGUUGCAUAGUCUGUCCACCAGAGGACGCUCUACAACGUC